AUGAGUCGGUUGCAGUGGAUCUCUGGCAGCCCAUGCAACAUUGCUGUGCUCUCUCCCACGUUCAGCGACGGCCCACGCCUUGGCUCAAUUCUGGCAUGCAAAACACUUUUUCAGGUCUGUUUGAGUUGGCUGUCGAGGAAGCAGGUCCCCAGCGUCACCAUCAGUGAAUUGGAGACUGAGUGGUCCCAGGUUGAUUUAAGAUCCCUUGUGGUCAUUGCCAAAAGCACUUCUCCCGAAGGAUCCUCUCCGCUUGCGCAGGCACCAAAUGCUGCUGGCCACUCAUCCUGCAUGUUGUUCCGGGCCGUCUCCAGAGCCGUCUCCACUACGACAAAAGCCACGUUCGCCACCCCCUGGCUUGGCAUUAUUCGCAGUGUGGUGUCCCAGGAGUUCAUGGUUUCAUCUUCCACCAACAAAAAAGCUCAAAAGCACCACAAUAUAUCAUGGGCUUUCUUUCAUGAAUAG